AUGGCUGGCGUUUUCACCGCUGCCGCUGCGGGGGAGGAGUCUGUCAAGCUGGCGUCAGCGAUCUUCGUCAUCCCCGACGCCUCCUCCUCACACAGUGGUGCGCACCAGAGGAUGCGGGACGUGGAUCUCACAAGCUAUGACAGCAGUGACUGCGGUGGCGCGGCUGGCGAUAUGAAGGAACCUGCAACCCUACAUGAGGUGGGUGAUUACUUUGCGUACUCCGCGCUGCAAGGAGAUGAUAUUGUGCGGCUCGACGGGAAGGGUGCUGCCCUUCAGGACCACGCACAGUUACCGAAGGAGGCCUCCAGUACUAAGAGCUUACAUGAGAUAGAGCGCACAAACACGUUUGUCCUGAAAUCAUCGACAACGACAUUGCUUUCGGGGAUGAGAGAACGUCGUCGGUCGAGUGUGAUGCAUGAAGCUCUGAAGAGAACAGAUGACGAGUUUGAUGAUGUUGUAGUGACGACAGAACGCCCCUGUUGUUGUGAUGCUGACUUCGGUGAUAAAGGCUCCGCUGAGUCCAUCUACAGGUACGCGACACCAAGCGUCGCGGGCACUGUCACCCCCGUCUUCCACCAAGGCUUUCUGUACAAGAUUGUGACGGAUGCCGGUGAUUGGUUCUUCUUCAACGAUACCAUGAAGUACAAGAUGACAGCGCACUAUAGGUUUGGCGGCGCGUCCAAGCUGGUACCUGGCCCCAAGACGACGAUGGAACAGCUUCCCUCUGGAGAGUACGAGGCGCAGCUCCUUGUGAUGCCAUGCGACACCGAGGCCUUUGUUUCGGGUGAGGUCAGUGGAUUCAAGAACCUUUCAACCGCAGAGUUGGUGACAGCCGAUUUUAGGAACGUCCACGUGGAGGGGCAGAAUGCUGUAAUUCUUGCGGAGCUCGACGAGAUUGCUUACGAAGCUGGAAAAGUCGCUGCAGAGAUGACCGAAAAAGAAGCCCUGCAGGCAUGCUGGCGCAUGAAGAAUGACACCGCCUUCAUUGAUCCCAUCUUCCCGCCGUGUCACCGCUCACUCUUCCGCCCAGGCAUCGACGCGAAAUUCCUCUGUGCGCUGCCAUGGCGACGCCCGCACGAGUACCUUCCAGCGCACCAUACAGAUGAGUGCCGUUUGUUUCGGGGAGGGGUUCUGCCGCAGGACCCGUGUCUUGGAGAAGGCGGUGACGCGUACCUUGUUAGCGCCAUGUCCAUCGCGGCGGAGUUUCCAGCGAAGGUGCGGGAGAUGUUUGAACACCCGCGGUCAGACGCAGAGGGCAUGGCGCAGAGGCGGCAAAAUGCCUACCACGUCACUUGCUGCUAUGGUGGCUGGUGGACAACAGUGCUCUUAGAUGAUUACUUGCCCUCCUCUAACCACGGGCCGGUUUUCGCGCGAUGUGACAAUGAUCUGCGGAAGCUGUGGGUGCCGCUGCUCCAAAAGGCAUAUGCGAAGCUCUACGGUUCUUACGCUGCCAUCCAAUAUGGGGACUCCUUGGAACCACUCCAGGAUUUCCUCGGAUUUCCGAUAUACCGCUUCGAUGAAGAGUGGGCGACUGCGCAAAUGGAGGGUGUGUUGUCGGCGAGUAGUUUAAACCUGUUUCUAUUCGUCGAGUCUCGUCAACAUAUGGGGUGCAUCGUAUGUUUCUGCACCCCGGAGGAAGGGCCGCCCGACGCACCGCUGCAACAGAAUGGACUGCGCUUCGGCAUGUCGUACUACGUCAUGGACACUGUGCGUUAUGGUGGCUUUCGUCUUGUCAAGGUCCGCUGCACAACUGCGGCGCCUGGGUGGAAGGGGAUGUGGGCCCCGCAGUGCGGCAAGUGGGAGGAGCACAAGGACCUCCGUCGUCUCUGUGAAGUAGACAAGGAGGGUAGUUUCGAUGGCGCUUUAUGGCUUGAGUGGUCCGAAGCUCUUGAACUAUUCGAUGGUGGUGGUGUAUGCUUCACACGCUUCGCGUACCACGACUACCGUGUCCGCGGCACUUUUGAAGGCGGCAUUGCCAGUGUAGCUUUGGUGAUCACUGUGGACCAUCCAAUGGAAGCGUACUGUAUGCUCUCGCAGAAGGACGACAGGGGCGAGGACCCGAGCGACCCCAACGCAGCCCUGGCGGCCAUAGCGUUGUGUGUCACACGCAGCGAUGAAGGUGCGGAGGCGCAGCAGCGCCCUUUCCUUUACGCCUCCAUGGAUCCGGAUACGCCGACGACGAAACAAACCUUCAUUAUCGCCCGCGAUGCCGCCCUGCAUUAUCGGUUUGUUCCGAAAUAUAGUCCGUACUACAUCAUUCCAUGCGUACGUGAGAGGACGGCCUCGACGCCCUACACCAUUGGCCUCUUGCCGAGCAGAUUGAUUGGCGACGCAUCGCGUGUUAGUUUUGUUCGCCUUACCAGCGGCGUUCUAGAAAGUCUCGCGUCAUUUGAUGCACCGGGCAAUACGCCAGUGGAGACAGACUAUCAGAUCCGCCAAACAACAGGCAUUGUGGAGGAGAGACGAGGCACUGAAUUAUGCGAUGACCGAUGUGCCAACGUAUAG